AACAAUGUUCGAGCUGCUGCUCUAGCAACUGUGAAUGCUUGGGCAGAACAGACUGGCAUGAAGGAAUGGCUAGAGGGAGAAGAUCUUUCUGAAGAGCUCAAAAAAGAAAAUCCUUUCUUGAGGCAAGAGCUUCUGGGCUGGCUGGCUGAGAAACUACCUACUCUUCGUUCCACUCCCACAGACCUUAUCCUUUGCGUUCCUCAGCUCUACUCCUGCCUAGAAGAUCGAAAUGGAGAUGUGCGAAAGAAGGCCCAAGAUGCUUUGCCAUUCUUCAUGAUGCAUUUAGGAUAUGAAAAAAUGGCCAAGGCAACUGGGAAACUAAAGCCAACUUCUAAAGAUCAGGUACUGGCCAUGCUAGAGAAAGCCAAAGCUAACAUGCCAGCCAAGCCUGCUGCACCCAAUAAAGCAUCUUCUAAAGCAGUGGGAGGGUCCACUUCAGCCAAAUUCCAGUCUGCAUCAGCACCUGUUGAAGAUUCUGUGUCCAGCAGUACAGAACCCAAGCCUGAUGCAAAAAAGACCAGAGCUCCAGGAUUGUCCUCUAAAGCAAAGAGUACACAAGGAAAGAAGGUGCCAAGCAAAACCAGUUUGAAGGAGGAUGAAGACAAAUCUGGGCCAAUUUUUAUUGCUGUUCCAAAUGGAAAAGAACAGAGGAUGAGAGAUGAAAAAGGAUUGAAGGUGCUAAAGUGGAAUUUCACUACACCACGGGAUGAAUACAUUGAGCAACUAAAGACUCAGAUGUCUAGCUGUGUAGCUAAAUGGUUACAAGAUGAGAUGUUUCACUCAGACUUUCAGCAUCAUAACAAAGCCCUAGCUGUCAUGGUUGAUCACUUGGAGAGUGAAAAAGAAGGUGUCAUUGGUUGCCUGGAUCUUAUCUUAAAGUGGCUUACCCUGCGGUUUUUUGACACCAAUACAAGCGUCCUGAUGAAAGCACUAGAAUAUUUAAAAUUGCUUUUUAACCUGCUAAGUGAGGAAGAGUAUCAUCUUACUGAGAAUGAAGCAUCUUCCUUCAUUCCCUAUCUUGUCCUCAAGGUUGGAGAACCAAAGGAUGUCAUUCGUAAAGAUGUUCGUGCCAUCCUGAACCGGAUGUGCCUUGUCUACCCAGCUAGCAAGAUGUUCCCCUUCAUCAUGGAAGGAACCAAAUCCAAAAAUUCUAAGCAGAGAGCAGAGUGCCUGGAAGAGCUGGGAUGUCUGGUUGAGUCCUAUGGCAUGAAUGUUUGCCAACCAACCCCAGGAAAAGCCUUAAAGGAAAUAGCUGUUCACAUAGGCGACCGUGACAAUGCUGUACGCAAUGCUGCCCUCAACACCAUCGUAACGGUGUAUAAUGUACAUGGGGAUCAGGUGUUCAGACUGAUUGGAAAUCUUUCUGAAAAGGAUAUGAGCAUGUUGGAGGAGAGGAUUAAGCGGUCGGCAAAGAGGCCCUCUGCCGCACCAAUUAAACAGGUGGAAGAGAAGCCUCAGCGCACGCAGAACAUCAGCUCCAAUGCCAACAUGUUACGCAAGGGACCAGCUGAGGACAUGUCUUCCAAACUCAACCAAGCCCGAAGCAUGAGUGGGCAUCCUGAGGCAGCCCAGAUGGUCCGCCGAGAAUUCCAGCUGGAUCUAGAUGAGAUUGAGAAUGACAAUGGUACAGUUCGAUGUGAAAUGCCAGAACUUGUUCAGCACAAACUGGAUGACAUUUUUGAACCUGUCCUUAUUCCCGAACCCAAAAUCCGGGCUGUUUCUCCACACUUCGAUGACAUGCACAGUAAUACAGCAUCCACAAUCAAUUUCAUUAUCUCCCAAGUAGCCAGUGGUGAUAUCAACACGAGUAUCCAAGCUCUAACACAGAUUGAUGAGGUCCUGAGACAGGAAGACAAAGCUGAAGCCAUGUCUGGCCAUAUUGAUCAGUUUCUGAUAGCCACAUUUAUGCAGCUAAGACUCAUCUACAACACACACAUGGCAGAUGAGAAAUUGGAGAAGGAUGAGAUCAUCAAGUUAUAUAGCUGUAUCAUUGGCAACAUGAUUUCGCUGUUUCAAAUAGAAAGCCUGGCCCGGGAGGCCUCCACUGGAGUACUGAAAGACCUCAUGCAUGGCCUCAUCACCUUAAUGCUGGACUCUCGGAUUGAAGAUCUAGAGGAAGGACAGCAGGUGAUCCGCUCCGUGAACCUCCUGGUGGUGAAGGUUCUGGAGAAGUCAGACCAGACCAACAUCCUGAGCGCCCUACUUGUUUUGCUCCAAGACAGCCUGCUAGCAACAGCCAGUUCUCCCAAAUUCUCAGAGCUUGUUAUGAAGUGUCUCUGGAGGAUGGUUCGACUAUUGCCUGACACCAUCAACAGCAUUAACCUGGACAGAAUUCUUUUGGAUAUCCACAUUUUCAUGAAGGUUUUCCCCAAAGAGAAACUGAAGCAAUGCAAAAGUGAAUUUCCCAUAAGGACCCUGAAGACCCUGCUGCACACCUUAUGCAAACUGAAAGGGCCCAAGAUCCUAGACCACCUCACAAUGAUUGAAAACAAGAACGAGUCUGAGCUGGAGGCCCACCUGUGCCGGAUGAUGAAGCACAGUAUGGACCAGACUGGGAGCAAGUCUGAUAAGGAGACAGAAAAGGGAGCAUCUCGAAUAGAUGAAAAAUCAUCAAAGGCCAAAGUGAAUGAUUUCCUAGCUGAGAUUUUCAAGAAGAUUGGCUCUAAAGAGAACACUAAAGAGGGACUAGCAGAGCUAUAUGAAUAUAAGAAGAAAUACUCAGAUGCCGACAUUGAACCAUUUCUGAAAAAUUCCUCACAGUUCUUCCAGAGCUAUGUUGAGAGGGGCCUCCGGGUGAUUGAGAUGGAGAGAGAGGGCAAAGGCCGUAUUCCCACUUCAACAGGCAUCUCUCCUCAGAUGGAGGUCACAUGUGUGCCCACUCCCACAAGCACAGUGUCCUCCAUAGGUAACACAAAUGGAGAAGAGGUGGGACCAUCGGUCUACUUGGAAAGGCUAAAGAUCCUGCGACAGCGCUGUGGUCUGGACAACACGAAGCAAGAUGACCGGCCUCCCCUGACCUCUUUGCUCUCCAAACCCGCAGUUCCUACCGUGGCAUCCUCCACAGAUAUGCUCCACAGCAAGCUCUCUCAGCUCCGGGAGUCCCGCGAGCAGCACCAGCACUCAGACUUGGAUUCCAACCAGACUCACUCUUCAGGAACCAUGACCACCUCCUCCUCUUCCACAGCUAACAUCGAUGACUUGAAAAAAAGACUGGAGAGAAUAAAGAGCAGUCGCAAGUGAAGUGGCCCCUCCCUGGCCCCUGCAGCUUUAGUUGACGAAACUAGACAUGCUGUCCUCACAGGGCCGCGUGGCCUCGGCCGCCCUAGUGUGCACCCACAGGUGUCCGUCAUGCCGUGGAGCUGGGGGAGGAGUCGUGUGGCACAAGUCCUUGUACAUACUCUGCUUCUCUCCGUCAGUACCCGCUGCUAGAAGACUGUGGGUUAGUUUAGUGCACAGACUUGUAAACAGCUGCCCUCCUCUGUGCGCAGACUAGUUUCCAGAUCUUUUUCUUUUGUUUUUAAUUGCUCAUUUGUAAAAUGGUCCUAAUCUUUCCUAGCUGUUAACUACUAGAAACUCUUUCGUAGUUUUCCUUUCUGUUUGUGAGCUCUUCUCCCUGUCGCCCUGAAGGGUCAACAUACUGAAUGAAUGCAUGGCAUGAGACGACUAAUUUAAGAGUCUUUUAUAAAUAAAGUUUGCAUUAACUAUA